AUGACUUCUGAAGUCAGGUUGAUCAAAGUUGGUCCAGCAGGAAGGAGUUGUCGCGAUUCUCAAUCUUUUGAUCUUCGAGGUUGCAGCGAGAUCUCCCAGAUUUUUGUAUCAGUAGGAGGUGGCGGGAUAAUGUCGAUCCAGUUUCAAUACGUGGAAAACGGGAAAUAUGUGUUAUCGGAUCGAUACGGUUCUGAUUUCAAUGCAAGCAAGUUUCACACCAUCGAGUUGAACCAUCCGGCUGAGUACAUAACUGGAAUCAACGGUCUAUACUCUGAUAACAUUAAGGUCAUCACUUUCACUACCAACAUCCAGGAGUAUGGUCCAUUUGGUGUAACCCACCAGAUUAGUUUCCCGCAAUCUUUUGCCUACAAUCUUGGAAAGUCCUAUCAAUUUGGUGGUUUUCAUGGUUCUUAUCAUCAUUCUGGUCUCUCAUCCAUUGGCUUUUAUCUUUGUCCUAAAAUAGUACCACCACCCAGACUUGGCUCAAAGAUUCCGAAGAUAGAAGCUUAA